GUAUAAAAUUCCCUCUCUCUGUAUAAUAGCCAUUCUGUCUGUCCCUGUCCCUCUGUCUGUCUCUUGUGUCUAGUGAUACCACACCUUCAUACAGCCAUGUCAGAUGUAGAAGAGGAGUACGAGGAUCAGGAGGCUGAAGAGGAGCCAGAGCCUGAGGAACAGGAGGAGACUGAGCAGGCAGAGGAGGAUAGAGGAGACGGGCUAUCAGAGCGGCACGAGUACCAAGUUGCUCCAUCAGAUCAAGACGCCCAGGAGGAAGAGGAGCGCCCCAAACCCAAACCUAUGGUGCCUCAACUUGCCCCUCCAAAGAUUCCUGAGGGGGACAGGGUGGAUUUUGAUGACAUCCACAGAAAGCGUAUGGAGAAGGACUUACUGGAGCUGCAUACUCUGAUCGACGUCCACUUUGAUCAGAGGAAGAAAGAUGAGGAGGAACUCAUCAGCCUCAAGGAACGAAUCGAGCGUCGUCGGUCCGAGAAAGCUGAGAUCCUGAGGGUCAGAGCAGAGAAGGAGAAGGACAGACAGAACAGGAUUGCGGAGGAACGUCACAGAAAAGAGGAAGAGGAAGCCAAGAAGAAGGCUGAUGAUGACAUCAAGAAGAAGAAAGUGCUGUCUGGCAUCGGAGCCAACUUUGGAAGCUUCUUGGCCAAGGCGGAGACGAGGAGGGGCAAGCGUCUGACAGGCAGAGAGAUCAAGAAGAAGACUCUGUCUGAGAGACGACAGCCGCUAGACAUCGACAAUUUGAGGGAGGAUGCGCUCAAGCAACGGGCCCAGGAGAUGUGGAACUGGAUCUACCAGCUGGAGUCUGACAAGUUUGACUUCAUGGAGUACAUGAAGCACCAGAAAUAUGAGAUCACCGUGCUGCUGAACCGAAUCCAACAUGCUCAGAAAUUUAAAAAGAUCCAUGGCAAAGGGAAGGUGGGCGGUCGCUGGAAGUAAAGGGGGGUGAACACUGAU